AUGCCGGUGCGGACAAAGAACCCGUUCCGCCGGCGAAAAGAGGAUUGCCUGCUGACUGUGAACUUACUCAACGACCAUAGUGGCGACGGGGAUGCCUUUGGUGAUUUUGGCACUCACUCGACGUCCGGACAGCAGACGACGUUGGUGUUACAAGUGGCGUAG